GGGAGGCUCAGGGUCCUGCCCUAAGAACGAGGAACCAAAGUGGGACCCAGCGCUGGGCUCCCUCAGACAGGACAGAAAGCUGCCCCAGUGACUAGUCCUGGAGGUUCCUCUCCCCAGGAAGCUCCGAGAACCCUCCCCGGGAGAGGGGGCAGCAAUCUGUAGGUGGGCAAGGUAGCAGGAAGGGCACCGCUUCCCUGGAUACCUGGUCUGGGAUUCCUUCCCCAAAUCGGUCCCAGAGAUUUUUCUGCAUCAGGAGGGGAAGAGUUGCUAUGCUGACUGGGCUCACUGUGGGAGCUCCAGGGGUUCUGGGAGAAGUGACCCUAAAGCAAGGGCAUUUGGAGAGAUGUGGUGCCAGGGGCUUGGAGGAGAAAUGCAUGUAUUUUAGGCCGUGUCUCAGAAAAAGAGGCAGCAUCCCUGAAAAGUGACUAGAAUUGACCCGGAAGAGGCCUCGGACUCAGAGUGUGCUUAAAAGCCAAUGCUCUCCUUGGGGAAUGUAGGGACCAGCCGAUGUCACAGGGACACACUGUCACAGGGACAGUGACCUGGAGCAGUGAGCCCAGAAGACAGAUGGGAAGCAGGAGAGUCUUUAUACCGGCAUGGCUUGGAUUGCUACGGGGAAGCUCCUAAUGGAACCCUACCAUCCUUUAGUCCGGGCAGCAACUGGGGCUGAACAAGAAGGGGCUGGGUGGUGAGUGGUUGGGGGAAGUCUGGCUAAGCCUGGUCAAGAACUUGAGGGGCAAGUCCCGGGAAGUGCGUUCCUUCUGGAAGAUGGCUCCUAACACUUCUACCAUGGAUGAGGCCGGGCUGCCAGCGGAGAGGGAUUUCUCCUUUCGCAUCCUCACCGCCUGUUUCCUGUCACUGCUCAUCCUGUCCACUCUCCUGGGCAAUACCCUUGUCUGUGCGGCCGUCAUCCGGUUUCGACACCUGAGGUCCAAGGUGACCAACUUCUUUGUCAUCUCUUUAGCUGUGUCAGAUCUCUUGGUGGCUGUCCUGGUCAUGCCCUGGAAAGCUGUGGCCGAGAUUGCUGGCUUUUGGCCCUUUGGGUCCUUUUGUAACAUCUGGGUAGCCUUUGACAUCAUGUGCUCUACGGCGUCCAUUCUGAACCUCUGCGUGAUCAGCGUGGACAGGUACUGGGCUAUCUCCAGCCCUUUCCAGUAUGAGAGGAAGAUGACCCCCAAGGCAGCCUUCAUCCUGAUUAGCGUAGCAUGGACUCUGUCUGUCCUUAUAUCCUUCAUCCCAGUACAGCUAAGCUGGCACAAGGCAAAGCCCACAUGGCCCUUGGAUGGCAAUUUUACUUCCCUGGAAGACACCGAGGAUGACAACUGUGACACAAGGUUGAGCAGGACGUAUGCCAUUUCAUCGUCCCUCAUCAGCUUUUACAUCCCUGUAGCCAUUAUGAUCGUCACCUACACCAGUAUCUACAGGAUUGCCCAGAAACAAAUCCGGCGCAUCUCAGCCUUGGAGAGGGCAGCGGUCCAUGCCAAGAAUUGCCAGACCACCGCAGGUAACGGGAACCCCGUCGAAUGCUCCCAGUCGGAAAGUUCCUUUAAGAUGUCCUUCAAGAGGGAGACGAAAGUUCUAAAGACGCUGUCUGUGAUCAUGGGGGUGUUUGUGUGCUGCUGGCUUCCUUUCUUCAUCUCGAACUGCAUGGUGCCCUUCUGUGGCUCUGAGGAGACCCAGCCAUUCUGCAUCGAUUCCAUCACCUUCGAUGUGUUUGUGUGGUUUGGGUGGGCGAAUUCCUCCCUGAACCCCAUUAUUUAUGCUUUUAAUGCCGACUUCCAGAAGGCGUUCUCAACCCUCUUAGGAUGCUACAGACUCUGCCCUACUACGAAUAAUGCCAUAGAGACGGUGAGCAUUAACAACAAUGGGGCUGUAGUGUUUUCCAGCCACCAUGAGCCCCGAGGCUCCAUCUCCAAGGACUGUAAUCUGGUUUACCUGAUCCCUCAUGCCGUGGGCUCCUCUGAGGACCUGAAGAAGGAAGAGGCCGGUGGAAUAGCUAAGCCACUGGAGAAGCUGUCCCCGGCCUUAUCGGUCAUAUUGGACUAUGACACCGAUGUCUCUCUAGAAAAGAUCCAACCUGUCACACACAGUGGACAGCAUUCCACUUGAAUAUUGGGUCCUCAUCUCUGAGGCCACGAGUUCCCUUGGGCUUGCUGUUAAGGAAUUAACAGGAGAUCCCUCUGCUGCUUUUGGACAAUUACGAAGCUUCUCAAACUCACUGAUUCCAGUGUAUUCUCUAGCUUCAAGGGAAAUGACUUCGGCUCUGAAAUCAGUUUGGGAGUAUUAUCUUAGGACAUUAUAAAACAACAAACAAACAAACAAACAAACAGGGCCAAGAGUCAACUGUAAACAGCUUCACUUAAAAAUCGAACUUUCCAGAAAGGAAGGUUGGGAGUUGAGUUUGCUGUCCAAACAGGUGCUAAAACUGUCCGAGCAGUUUUCAGAUUGGAAAGGUAGGUGCAUGCCUUUGCUAAUUAACUUCUCCAAUAAUAAUCGAGCCUUACAGCAGGAGUGGGAUUCCCUUUUUCUCAGAAUUGACAGAUGCAUUGUUGAUGACGGUUUUAUUUAUUUAUUUAUUGUACUAUAUGAAUAUUUUAAAUUUAUCAUAGUGAAUCUAUAUUUAACAUAUUUAACAGGGCAAACCAAUGUGUUAUCUGAGACUGACCUCUCCAUUUGUACUAGCACUUUAUGAGCCAAUGAAACAUACGCGUAGACUCUGAGAUUCUGUUUUGUGAGUUACUUCUGGGAACACAGCAAAGACUGAUGUGGUGGCUCCUUAACUCGACAAGGACACAAAGAAAUGCAAGAGGAGAAGUGACUAAUGCCACCAAUGCUCCCCCUAAAAAGAUUUUGAAAAGAUUUGUUUUUUUAAAAAAGAAGCUACUAUUGUGUUCUGAAUGUUUUAAACGGCAGAGGCUUUCCCCGGGACGAAUUUGCACUUCUGUAAAUAUCUGUGUAAGAACCAGCUAAAGAGGAAUACAACUUUAUAUUUCUGUUUUUGGAUGGCGAGGAAGAGCAUAUGCCACUUUGUAUUUAUGUAAAAUAAUUGGCCCUCCUUGUCAUUUCUCAUUUCAUGCUUGAAAUAGCUUUCUGAAACAAACAAAUGACUGUCCAGGCUGGAGAUCUGCAGGGUGGAGGAUGAGUUGUAAAUUCACAGGUCACAGCAGCCCCUCUGAUAGCUGGGCUCAUCAUUGGUCCUUUAUCUGCCCAGGUCUAACCAAGUCGGCUGCUUAAGGGGCUACUUUUGUAGUGCUUUAAUCUGAAUUUAGUAUCCUCUCUUUAAAAAAAAAAAAAGCUCUUUAAUGUUAGUGAUAAACUAGCUAAUGAACGGUACCUCAUCGCUGCAUAAUACACUUCUGUUGGUGGGGGGGGAUAGACGAGCCCCUUCCCGGUGCGAGCACCACAAAGCCAUCUGCAUCGCUAGUCACAAAUGCUGUUUUUCUUUCUCUGUGGGUUUGAAUCUAGUUUCCUCGUUAUCAUAGCCUGGACUGCAAAAAGAACCAUCGAGUCCCCUCUUGUGGGGGCAUUGCAACAGUGUUUCUUUUUCUUUUUCUUUUUGUUUUUUUGAAAUGUUUACAAGGUGUUCUUUGGAAGCAGUUGCAACACGUGGAUGGAACUGAAGAAAAGACUGACUGGCUUGCUAACGGUAUCUCCUGCAGGGGGUUUGUACUGCGGACUUUGAAUGUUUUCUCAGCUCUAAGGCUUGUAUGCUUUCUUACAUACAAUAAACUUAUUUUGUGAAUUCAAAUCAA